AUGGCCGAACCGCCUUCAUCGCCUCCUAGCGAGGCUGCCGGUGCCGAGGAUGCCUUGUCUUGGUACAAGGCGCAGUACGAGCUUUUGGAGUCUGAGCUGGCCGAGUUCCGAGAGUCCAGUCGGGAAUUGGAGCAGGAACUGGAGAAGGAUAUUGAACGAGCAGAGAAGCAGGAGAGAAUCCUGAAAGAGAAGGCCGACGCACUGCGCUUUGAAGUAGAAGAGUGGAAGAGAAAAUACAAAGAAUCCAAAGCAGAAACCACCACUGCGCAAGCUUCGCUAGAAAAGGAAAUUACAAAUCUUCGAGAGGCAAACCGCACAUUGACCCUGAGACUGAGAGACUCUGAGGUUGCCAAUGAUGAUUUCGAACGCCAAGCGCGAAACACCACCUCAUCUCUCGAGGACAUGGAGUCCAAGUUCAACCAGGCUGUUGAGCGGGGUGUCCUGAUGGAAGAAGAGAUCAAAAUGGGCGAGCAGGAGCGUGAGGCGCUUCGCAUCGAGUCACAGCGCUUGCGAGAGGAGCUCUCAGAGCUCAAGAUUGAAGCUGAGCUCAUGCAGGACAAGGUCAAGAAAUACGAAUCUCGCCACUCGACCAUCUCCUCCGACAUUUCGAUCCUCGAGUCCCCCACCUUUGACAAGGCCGUGGAUGCGUCUGUCGACUCGGCCGCGAGCUCGCCUCUCAUCACCACGCCCCCAGAGAUCACCAAGUCUCUGGGAGAGCCGACUACCGAGCUGCUGGAUCCACCAUCACCGCCAAUGUCGGAUGCCUCGGCGCACAUAUUGCCGUCGGUGGAUGCCAGCUCUCGAGCCCGUGGAGGUGCCUCCUCUUCGACGGGCAACCGGGUUGUCACUGGUGGCCGCCCGUCCAUCAGCGGCAUCAGCGGCAUCAGCGGCAACAACAGCAACAGCAACAGCGGUGGUGCUCCUCUUCGGACGCCCACCCAUCGAUCAACCGUAUCACGCAACAGCAACUACAAGAUACCCGCGUCAAACUCAUUGUCGCACAUCCGCCUGCUCACGGCCCAGAUGCAGAGACUCGAGGCCAGAGUGCACUCGGUACGGUCCAAGCUCCCCGCCCCUGGCGGUAGCAGCACCGGUAGCCGCACUCCGCCUCGCCCGGCUUCUCGACCUGCGAUGCCUAGUUUGACUCCCACCGCGCCGACAUCUACGGCGGUUCGCUCACGCAAGCGCGCCACCACUCAGUCAACGACCAGCCACACUCCCAGGCUUAGCGCGUCUGGUGUUAGUAGGAUCAACUUUGGCACUCAGUCCAAUGGCCGGACAACAGACUCGGAGAUCAGCCGGCCAGUAUCGCGGUCAAGUGGAGCAUCAUCAUACGCCAGGCCGCCGUCUCGCAACGAAAUACCAUUACCAACGCGGCCGAUGUCGCGGAGCUCCUUUUCGGCGGGGACUCGAACCCCAAUUGGCCGGCCGGCAUCCUCCUUUGGCCGCGGGCACUCUGGUAGUGUCAGUGGUGUAAAUCUACUCGGAGAGGAACCUGAGCAUGAGCCCCCGUACCGCACGCCUAGUAGGCGCGGUACCUUUUCCACCCGAUAUGAUUUGGGGACAAGCAUCGGCGGCAUCGGCGGCCUCAGCGGCAUACCGACACCAGGCUUGAGACGGCAGAGCGGUGCCAGGAGAAUCAGCCUUAGCAGUGGCAGUACCAACACCGGCGGCGUCCCUCUUCGAUCGGGCCGCGUCAGCACAACUGGGUUCAGGAAACUGGGCGACUUGGGAGAGACUUAUUGA